AAUAAUUUUCUCUCAGAAACUGCAAGCAAGAUGCCAGCCAAGACACCCAUGUACUUGAAAGCUGCUAACAGUAAGAAAGGGAAGAAAUUCAAACUAAGGGAUAUCUUAUCUCCUGAUAUGAUCAGUCCACCACUUGGAGAUUUUCGUCAUACUAUACACAUUGGAAAAGAAGGACAACAUGAUGUUUUUGGAGACAUCUCCUUUUUGCAGGGCAACUAUGAGCUAUUGCCUGGAAAUGAAGGAGAAACCAGAGUUAGUCAGUCUGGUGGCCACUAUGAAUUCUUAAGGGCAAACAGCACUUCUGAAUCCAUGUUUACAGAAACUCCAUCACCAGUGCUCAAAAAUGCUAUCUCACUUCCUGCCAUUGGGGGUUCUCAAGCCCUUAUGUUGCCCUUAUUGUCACCAGUGACAUUUAAUUCAAAGCAAGAAUCCAUCAGGUCAUCAAGAAAUCCUAGGCUUAGCUGUGAGCCAGUAAUAGAAGAAAAAUUGCAGGAGAAAAGUAAACAGAUGGAGGAGGGAGAAACAUACAAAGAUGACAUAUGGGAGCAAAAUGGUUCUUCUUCACAUUUUACUAAUGGUAGAGACAGUAACUCAUCCAGCUUCUCUGAACAAUGCACUGAUUGGCAAACAGUUGAUUUAUUUGAUGACAAUCGACUUUCAUGUGAACUAACCAAGACAAAGACUAAGUCAGAAGAAUCCCUUUCAGAUCUUGCAGGCUCUCUUCUCUCAUUACAACUUGACUUGGGACCUUCACUUUUGGAUGAGGUCCUCAAUGUAAUGGACAAGAAUAAAUCUUAGAACUGGUACUCCUUUGCUUCUUUAUAAGUGAUUCACUUAAACGAAAACAAACAAAAAACCAUAGUUCAAAAAUAGAGACACUUAAAAUCAGCUGUAUUUGCAGUUGU